UUAGUUUAAUUUAGAGUUUUUAAAUAUUAAAGUUUAGCUUUUUGGAAAUACUGAAAAGUACUAUAAGUUACAAUUCUUGUAGGGAGAGGGUAAAAGAAAAUAUUUUAAGAUGUUCAUCAAAAUUCACUUAUAGUUUGAAUCUUGAAAAGUGAAAAGUGCCAAAUAUUUACCAAUUUAGCAUACGCUCAGAGAUUAUUGGGUUUCUUGAUGGUUACAGGUGUCGUUGGAUUUGGCUUUACACCGCAUCUUAUCACUGUGAACGCCGGGGAGGACAUAGCGUCAAUGAUAAUGACUUUUUUGCUGCAAGUACCACAGGCAGUUUGUAUUCUCUCCGCAACUGGAGUUAUAUGUAAUGUUACCCUCCGGCAACCUUCAAUGGAUGGCGGCAGUGUGACUUAUGAGGGUCUAUUUGAAAUCAUCUCAUUAUCGGGUUCAUUUUUGCUGUCAGAAAUUAAUGGUAGCCGUAGAAGAAAAGGUUGUCUAAGCGUGUCAGUGGCUGGGCCAGAUGGUAGAGUUUUGGGCGGCGGAGUUGCCGGAAUGCUUAUGGCUGCCACUCCAGUACAGGUAGUUGUGGCUAGCUUCAUUGCGGAAGAGGAAAAGCCUAAGUCUGAGGCACCAUCUUCAAUUCCGCCUCCAAAUAUGUUGAAUUUUGGUGCACCGGUAACCGAGGCGAGCUCUCCUUCCCCGGGUGCCUCAAGCGACUCAUCCGAUGAGAUCGGUGGUAGUCCUCUCAGCCACGAACGGGUACCUUUUGGUAAUGUUUCUCAACCGAUGCACGGGAUGCCAACAACAUAUUAGGGCCAAACAAUGUGAAAAAGCUUCUUUAAACUGACAUGAUGCGACUGAGUAGGCUCAAAUUUUAGGCGUUAGAUCAAGUUCAUGACUUAAGCUUGCUUAAAUUUUUUUUUCUCUUUUCGUUAGCUUUUGUCUACCCUAAGUCUUAGACUCUUAGUAUAUGUUAGGUGACCUUUGGUUGAGUAUCAUUUUAUUUUCAGAUUAACAAACCUUUUUAUUUGUAACUUUCUUAUGGAUUAGGUCUUAAUGCAAUUACCCCCUU